AUGUCCCAUUCCCUUAUGUCCCAUUUCAUCUCCAUUAUGUCCCUUUUCUUCUCCAUUAUGUUCCUUUUCUUUAUGUCACUUUUCUUCUCCAUUAAUAUCCCUUUCCUUUUCUCUUAUGUCCCUUUCCCUUAUGUCAUUUUCUUCUCCAUUAUGUCCCUAUCCUUUUCCCUUAUGUCCCUUUCCCUUAUGUCCCUUUUCCUAUCCAUUAUGUCCUUUUCCUUUUCCUUUAUAUCCCAUUCCCUUAUGUCCCUUUUCUUCUCCAUUAAUAUCCCUUUCCUUUUCCCUGAUGUCCCUUUCCCUUAUGUCACUUUUCUUCUGCGUUAUGUCCCUAUCCUUUUCCCUUAUGCCCCUUUCCCUUAUGUCCCUUUCCCUUAUGUCCCUUUUCUUCUCCAUUAUAUCCCCUUCCUUUUCUCUUAUGCACCUUUCCCUUAUGUCCCUUUUCUUCUCCGUUAUGUCUUUCAUUUUGCCAUAUGUCCCUUUCCCUUAUUUCCCUUUUCUUCUCCAUUAUGUCCUUUUCCUUUUCCUUUAUGUCCCUUUCCCUUAUGUCCCUUUUCUUCUCCAUUAAUAUCCCUUUCCUUUUUCCUUAUGUCCCUUUCCCUUAUGUCCCUUUUCUUCUCUGUUGUGUCCCUUUCCAUUUCCCUUAUGUCCCUUUCCCUUAUUUCCUAUUUCUUCUAUUAUGUCCCUUCCUCCAUUAUGUCCCAUUUCCUUUCUUCCCAUUAUGUCCCUUUUCACUUAUGUUCCUUUUCUUCUCCAUUAUGUCACUUUCCUUUUCCCUUAUGUUGCUUUCCCUUGUGUCCCUUUUCUUCUCCAUUAUGUCACUUUUCUUUUCCAUUAUGUCCCUUUCUCUCAUGUCCCUUUUCUUUUCCAUUAUGUCCCUAUCCUUUUCCUUUAUGUCCCUUUCCUUUAUGUCCCUUUAUUCUCCAUUAUGUCACUUUCCUUUUCCCUUUUGUCCCUUUCCUUUAUCUCCUUUUUCUUCUCCAUUAUGUCCCUAUCCUUUUACCUUAUGUCCCUUUCCAUUCUGUCCCUUUUCUUCUCCAUUAA